UUCACACAAGCUAAGCCAAGCUAGCUUGAUCGAUCUUUGCGUCGAACACCAUGAGCGCCACGGACGCGGCCGUGUCGGGCGCCGGGGGGCACAACUCGACGGCGGCGGGGGCGGGGUUGUACGUUCGCCGCGGGUUGGCUGGGAUGGUGUUCUUCCCGGAGGUGCAGAUGGUGGAGCUGCUGGUGGCGGUGUUCAUCUUCGUGGCGAUCCACUCGCUGCGGCAGCGGCGGUCGCAGGGGCUCCCGUCGUGGCCGGUGGUCGGGAUGCUGCCGUCGCUGCUCCUCGGGCUGCGGGGCGACAUGUACGAGUGGAUCACCGGCGUGCUCAAGGCGCGCGGCGGCACGUUCACGUUCCACGGGCCGUGGUUCACCAACCUGCACUGCGUCGUCACCGCCGACCCGAGGAACCUCGAGCACCUGCUCAAGACCAAGUUCGGGAGCUUCCCCAAGGGCCCGUACUUCCGCGACACCGUGCGCGACCUCCUCGGCGACGGCAUCUUCGGCGCCGACGACGAGGUGUGGCGGCGCCAGAGGAAGGCGGCGAGCCUCGAGUUCCACUCCGCCGAGUUCCGCGCGCUCACCGCCAGCUCCCUGGUGGAGCUCGUGCACCGCCGGCUGCUCCCCGUGCUCGCCGACGCCGAGGCCGCCGGCGCCGCCGUCGACCUCCAGGACGUGCUCCUCCGCCUCACGUUCGACAACGUCUGCAUGAUCGCCUUCGGCGUCGACCCCGGAUGCCUCCGGCCGGGCCUCCCGGAGAUCCCGUUCGCGAAGGCGUUCGAGGACGCCACCGAGGCCACCCUCCUGCGCUUCGUCACGCCGACCGCCGUGUGGCGCGCCAUGCGCGCGCUCGGCGUCGGCCACGAGCGCGUGCUCCAGCGCGCGCUCGCCAGCGUCGACAAGUUCGCCUACGACGUGAUCCGCAAGCGCAAGGAGGAGGUCGCCGCCGAGCAGGACGACGACGCGGCCGCCGCCGGGCGCAGGUCCGACCUCCUCACCGUCUUCACCAAGAUGCGCGACGCCGACACCGGCGCCGCCUACUCCGACAAGUUCCUCCGCGACAUCUGCGUCAACUUCAUCCUCGCCGGCCGCGACACCUCCUCGGUGGCGCUCGCCUGGUUCUUCUGGCUGCUCCGCCAGAACCCCGCCGUGGAGGCCACCAUCCUCGACGAGAUCGACGGCAUCGUCGCUGCGCGAAGGUCGUCACCGGCGGCGAACGGCGCCGGCGAAGACGGCGACGAGCUCGUGUUCCACCCGGACGAGGUGAAGCGGAUGGAGUACCUCCACGCCGCGCUCACCGAGGCGCUCCGGCUCUACCCGUCCGUACCCGUAGACCACAAGGAGGUUGUGGAGGACGAGGUGUUCCCUGACGGGACGGUGCUGAAGAAGGGGACAAAGGUGAUCUACGCCAUGUACACCAUGGGGAGGAUGGAGAGCAUCUGGGGGGAGGACUGCAGGGAGUACAGGCCGGAGAGGUGGCUGAGGGAGGGCCGCUUCAUGAGCGAGUCGGCCUACAAGUUCACCGCCUUCAACGGCGGCCCCCGCCUGUGCCUCGGCAAGGACUUCGCCUACUACCAGAUGAAGUUCGCCGCCGCCUCCAUCCUCCGCCGCUACCGCGUCGACGUCGUCGACGGCCACCCGGUGUCGCCCAAGAUGGCGCUCACCAUGUACAUGAAGCACGGGCUCCAGGUGAAGCUCACCAAGAGGGACUGCAAGAGCAAGCUCUGAAUAAGUUCAGAAAAAAA